GAAUCUUUUUGUUUUCAUUCAAUUCUAAAAUUGUCUUCGAUAUCAUCAUCAUCAUCAUGAUAUUAUCACAUCACCAUGAGUUUUUUCUAAAUCGUUGAUAUCUUCUGACGAUAUAUCAACAAUUUUCUCACCAAUUAUCAAUUUUGAUAUUCAAAAAAAAAACAUCGACAACAGAUAAUGUUUUGUAUUUGAAUCCAUUAUCAUCAUAAAUCCAAAACAGAAAAAAAAUGGAACAAACAUAUAAAUUGCUGAUAUUUUUCACCAUAUUCUUUAUCUUAUUAUUUCUGAUAAAUAUUGAUCAUUAUUGCCUUAAUGUAUUACCAUCAUCCAAUGAUAAACAUAUUGUUAAUAAUAAUGCUGAUGAUGGUGCCAAGAAUAUUCCAUCAUCAUUAAAUGAAUGGUCACAAUGGUCAUCUUGGUCUCCUUGUUCCAGAAUCUGUGAUGGAGGCAUAACUACCUCAGUACGUAAAUGUUUGUCUCGUUCUGGUUGUAAUAAUGGCCAAUAUAAACGUCAUAAAUUAUGUAAUAUGCAGCCAUGUAUAAUUAAAACAAAUUUUCGUCAAACACAAUGUUCGGCAUUCAAUAAUAAACCAUACAGAGAUCGUUAUUAUGAAUGGUUAGCAUUUAUUGAUCCUACCGAUCCGUGUAGUCUGACUUGUAAAGCAAAUAAAUUGAAUUUUGUUGCCAAACUAUCACCAUUUAUAACUGAUGGUACUAGAUGUACUCCGGAUUCAUUGGAUGUAUGUGUGGCCGGCAAAUGUUUGAGCGUUGGCUGUGAUCUUCAAUUGGGAUCAGCGAAAAAAAUCGAUAAUUGUGGUGUAUGUGGUGGUGAUGGUUCAUCAUGUAAAAAUCAUUCAUAUCGAUGGUCACAUCGAUUCGAAACCAAUUGUUCCACCAUAUGUUUAUCCGAUCAGCUUUCUCAAUUUCGUACAUCAUCUGUCGUGUGUGUGGAUGCCAAUGGAUCCAACAAUCAGCUUGUCGAUGAUCUAUUCUGCCCAAUGGAUGAACGACCAAAUCCGAUAACAUCACCAUGUGAACCAAGUGAACAUUGUAAAUUUAGAUGGGUAACCGAAGAAUGGUCAAAAUGUUCGCAAAGUUUAGGUUAUCAAACACGUGCCAUUUAUUGUGUACUUAGUAUUAAUCAUAAUGUAAAAAUUGAUGAAAAACAAUGUGAAAAAAUUGGUUUAAAACGUCCGGAAACAGAAAGAAAAUGUAAUCAAGAAGAAUGUCCCCAAUGGUAUGAAGGACCUUGGUCAUCGUGUUCUGAAACAUGUGGUAAUGGCAUCCAACGGCGUCUUGUUGUAUGCAAGGAUAAUCAAGGAUCGCCAAGUGAUAAAUGUGAUUGGCAACUAAAACCAUUGGAUAGCCGUAAUUGUUCGGAUAUAACGGAUUGUCUGAAUGGCCAAUCAAAUUCACAAGAAGAUUCUCCAAAUAUGAUUAUUGAUUCGAUGACAAAUGAGCCAAGCUAUGAUAUUGGCCCAUGGUCAUCAUGUAAUGUAACUUGUGGGAUUGGUUACAAAAAACGUAACGUUAAAUGUAAAAUUUAUCUUGAAUUUUCUCAAACAUUUGCUACAAUACCAUUUAAUCAAUGUUCUGGGCCAAAACCAGCUGAUUUGCAAAUUUGUUAUGGAUAUGAUUGUCAUAUGGAUGGAACGAAUUCACUGCAGAAAUAUAAUCAUCAUUCUAGUAUUGAACACGAGAAUAAUUUUGAAAUUGAAAAUGAAAAAUUUCAAUGGAAAAUCACUGGUUUUACUAAAUGUUCGGCAAAUUGUCUUGGCGGUAUACAAGAAUCAAUUAUUGAUUGUAUUCGAAUUGGUGAUAAUCAACGAAUGCCUACUGAACUCUGUCCAUUGGAAUUGAAACCUGAAACUUAUACACGAAUAUGUAAUGAUCAACCGUGUGUACCACGUUGGAAUCUAAGUGAAUUUGGUGAUUGUUCAAAAAAAUGUGGUGAAGGUGGUUAUCAAACCAGAAUCGUCAUCUGCAUACAUGAAGUAGCUAGAGGUAAAAAAAAUUUUGUUAUCUUACCGGAUAAUGAAUGUGAACCGCCUAAACCUAAAACUGAACGGAAAUGCAAUCAAAUCGAUUGUCAUCCCCGGUGGGAUAUACAACACUGGCAAAAAUGCUCACGUGAAUGUGGUGGUGGUUUGAAAAAACGAAAUAUUUAUUGUGUCAAGGAUUUUGUUAUUGGUGGCUUGCAAAAUAUUUCUCUGGUUGAAUGUUCAAUGAUGAAAAAACCAAAAAUAUCAAAACAAUGCAAUCUAAAACCAUGUCGAACAUCAGCUACUUCUACUACAACACUGACCGGUGAAAUGGUACGAAAAUCCAAAAGAAAUCAUUAUAAUGGAAUAUAUCCAAUGAUUCGAUUGCAAGAUCAUCAAAUACAAUAUAAACAUGUGUUCAAAGUACAAGGCCAAGUGACCAUCCGUGAAGGAUCAAGAAUUAAACUUUUAUGUCCAAUGACUAUUCAAACAACCGGAAUAAUACCGAAAUGGCUUAAAGGUCAUGACCGUAUCCGACCAGAACGUAAACGUUAUAUAAUGAUGGAUAAUUUUCUUAAAAUUCGUAAUGUAAAAUCCAAUGAUACAGGUGUUUAUAAAUGUAUCUAUAAUCAAUAUGAAAAAAAGGAUCAAGAUGAUGAUGAUGAUGAUGGUGGACAUUAUACAGCAUUCAAUGUUUUUACAUGUUGUUCCACUGAAAUCGGCAAUAAUGUUGGAUAAUAAUGAAAUUAUGAAUGAUCAACACUCAACAACAACAACAACAACAACGACGACAACAGAAGUUAAUA